AUGGCAACAGGGGAAGGGGAGAAACAACAGGUCAAAGACGAACAGGAUGAUAAACAAUCCAGGAUUCGGACUCUUACAGAGAAGGGUCAGGCAUCCUUUGACCAAACGUUCCUUGAUCUACAAGAAAAGUGCACAAGCGCGUGGAGGGAGGUAGAGGACCUCAUUGCAAAUUGUGAUGGUGACAAUACAGACAGGAAAUACCUAAGGACAACAGAAGACCAGAUAAAUGCAAAAUUCAAACAGUACCUUAAAGAAAGUCAAGCCCUAGCAAACUUCCUUGAAAGGGCUCGCACAGAACAAGCUCUACAGAAACUGGAGCAGCAUGAGUCUCAGUAUAGUACAUAUUCCGAUAUAGUGUUCACAUUUCGAGAUGUCCUACAUAAUAAACUAUUAGAGGCAGCCGAACAACUCUCGGAAAAGUUCGAAGUGAAAUCCAGGACUUCAUCACAAGCCUCAAAGACAAUAUCAGAGAUAUUCAAAAAACGAGUGAAAGCGGAGACCCAGCAAACAAGACUUAAAUUCUUGGAAGAGCAGGCGGCUCUGGAAAAACAAAAGGCAGCUACUGAUAUUGAUAUAUGGCUUUCUAAGGAAAAAGAAGCAGCAGCUGUGGCAAAUGCAGAAGUGAACGCCAUGGAAAAUUACGAUCGUGGAUCUCAAGGAAGUUUUCAAUUUGACAUUGAAGAACAAAGUGUGGAACAGACGGCCAGAGAAAGAACUGAAGCUUAUGUGAACUCGCAGGCCAGCAACCACUCAGAAAUCACACCUAACUAUGUUCGACAUGAUGAUGCCUCACAUCGCUCGAGACCUGCAAGCAUCAGUCAAGCAGGAUUUCAUUUUCCGACUGCCAGUCAUGUUCAACCUCAUGAACAGUCACCUAUAGUUGACCUCAGUAACUACCUUUUGAAAAAGGAUUUACUAUUACAUCGUUUCUCUGCAUUUGAUGACUCGGCGCAAAACUAUACAGUGUGGAAAGUUGGUUUCCUGAAUAUUCUGAAGGAAUUGAAAGCAUCACCAAUCGAAGAACUUGAUUUAUUGACAAAAUGGCUGGGCCCCAAUUCAAAAAGAUACGCUCUAUCCAUACGUUCAGCAAAUACUCACCAACCUGAGAGGGGUCUAUCCCUGAUAUGGGCACGAUUAGAAGACCUCUAUGGAAAACCAGAAAUGGUGGAGGCAGCGUUGAAGUCAAAGCUCAAGGACUUUCCAAAAAUUACAGAGAUGGAUCCGAAGCGUUAUUAUGAUCUACUUGACUUGCUGUAUGAGAUUGAGUCCAACAAGCAGGACCCAAAAUAUUCCAGACUACUUGGAUACUAUGACACUUCCUCAGGCAUAUUGCCUAUUGUUAGUAAACUCACCUAUCAAGUACAAGAUAAAUGGGCCACCCGUGCAUCUCAGUAUAAACGUUUGAAUCAUGUUCCAUUUCCACCAUUUAGCAUAUUUGUCAGUUUCAUACAGGAGAUAUGUGAAUUGAAAAAUGAUCCAGGUCUUAUUUCUAAUACGAGGUAUCCAUCCGACAAGAAGAGAGAACCUACAAACAAAGUCUUUGUUCGGAAGUCAGACGUUGGUUCCGAAACACCAACAUCCUCUAUGCGGUGCCCUAUACACAAGGCUGACCAUUCCUUGGAACAAUGCCGUGCCUUUCUGGCAAUGACAUUCCCAAAUAAACGCGACUUUCUGAAAAGUAGGGAACUCUGUUUCCGUUGCUGCAAGGGAAAGCAUAGGGCCAACAAGUGCAAACUUAAAGUGAGUUGUGACGUUUGUAAAAGCGAUCGCCAUGUUACGUGUAUGCACUUUCACAGAGACUCUGGGCAAGAGAAUGGCGGGGAGAGUUCAUCUAAGGAAUCACCAUCUGGGAAGGGAGAUGAAAACAUUAUCACGUCCUCUUGUACCCAAUUGUGUGGGAAGGAUAGAGUUGGCCGAUCUUGUGGGAAAAUUGUCCUUGUGAACGUAUACCCAUCUAACAGACCUGAUCUUACCUUUAGAACUUAUGCUAUGAUAGACGAUCAGAGCAAUAGAACUUUAGCUCGUUCCAAGUUUUUCGAUUACUUUGGUUUAGAGGGCAAUGACUGUGUUUUCACGUUGAAUUCCUGUGGUGGAAGUGUUACAUUUUCCGGAAGAACAGCAGAGGGAUUCGUCAUCGAGCCAGUGUCAGCUGAACAAAAGUUGUACUUACCUAAAAUUAUAGAAUGUGACGAGAUUCCCAACAAUCGUAAGGAAAUACCGACUCCUGAAGUGGCGUCUGCAUAUCAACACCUGUUGGAUAUUGCACCAUUAAUUCCUGAUUUGGAUCAUACAGCCGAGAUUCUGCUUCUCAUAGGAAGGGAUUUGAUCCAAGCACAUCACGUGAUCGAACAAAAACUUGGGCCCCCAGACUUGCCGUUUGCGCAAAAACUCUACUUGGGGUGGACUAUUAUCGGCGAAGUGUGUUUGGGUAGUGCUCAUAGGCCUAAUUCCAUUGUAGUGAAUAAGACUCAUGUGUUGGACAAUGGGCGUAGUACCCUACUUGAGCCUUGUGAUUCCAAGUUACUUAUUUCACAAGAAAAACAUCAACAUGGCGUCGGUUCUUGUACAGGGAUAUUCUGUACUACAGUGAAUGAUGAGACUCCUGGAAUGUCGACUGAGGACCGCCAGUUUCUGGAAAUAAUGGACAGGGAGUUUCACAGAGAUUCCUACGGAAAAUGGACAGCCCCAUUACCCUUCCAACAUGAUAGGCCUGUGUUACCAAAUAAUUACACCCAAGCAAUGAGACGGGCUAUGAUCUUAGAUGCUUCGUUGAGAAAAAAUCCCACCAAACUUGGACAUGCCUUAGAAUUCAUGAGGAACAUUUUUGACAGAAAUCAUGCAGAGGUAGCCCCACCUCUGAAACCAAACGAAGAAUGUUGGUACCUACCAAUUUUCGGGGUGUACCACCCACUCAAGCCGGAGAAGAUUCGCAUGGUGUUCGACUCUUCAGCUCGCUUCCAGGACUUGUCUCUGAACAGCGUACUUUUGUCAGGUCCAGACCUUACAAAUAGUCUCAUUGGAGUGUUGAUGCGUUUUAGGAUGGAAGCCGUAGCUGUGACCGCAGAUAUAGAGCAAAUGUUCCACUGCUUUGGUGUCUCAGAGAAACAUAGGAACUUCUUAAGAUUUUUAUGGUACACAGACAACGACCCUACCAAGCCUCUAACCGAGUACCGCAUGACAGUCCAGGUUUUUGGAAACACCCCAUCACCUGCUGUAGCAACCUAUGGGUUUCGUCUUGCUGCCAUUCAAGCAGAACACAGCUUUGGGAAGGACGUAAGAGAGUUUGUGGAGCGGAACUUUUACGUGGAUGAUGGUCUGGUGUCCCUACCAACAACACAAGAAGCCAUAGAUCUCCUACGACGAACUCAACAGGCCUUACUGACCCAUGGGAACCUCAGAUUACAUAAGAUUGCGUCUAAUGACCCUAGAGUGAUGCAGAGCUUUGAUGUAAAAGAUCUAGCAAAGGACUUGAUUGACUUAGAUAUUACACAUGAUGAUCUUCCAACCCAGAGGAGUCUAGGACUCGUGUGGGAUCUUCAGAGGGAUGCCUUCGGGUUUAAACUUACCAGGAAGGAGAAACCGUACACUAAAAGAGGAGUUUUGUCCUGUGUUAAUAGCCUGUACGACCCUCUAGGCUUCAUAGCGCCUAUCACUAUUCAGGGAAAGCUACUUCUUCGAGAAAUGACACAGGCACCUUCUGUAGACUGGGAUGCUCCCUUACCAGAAGAAUUCCAGAGCAGAUGGGAUGAUUGGACCCAAUCAUUGACUCGUCUUGGAGCAUUGAAUGUACCUCGUAAGUACCUACCCAUUGGCUUCUCACAGCUUCAAGAGAAGAAUGUACUGAUUUUCACAGAUGCCUCGGAGGUUGCUAUUGCUUCUGUGGCCUACCUGUUUCACAGUCAUGGUGGAGACAUCAAUCUGGGUUUCAUUAUGGGUAAAUCUAAAGUCGCACCCAGACCAGCCACUUCUAUACCACGCUUAGAGUUGUGCGCGGCCGUCCUGGGAGUAGAAAUUGCUACUAUUAUAAGGGAUCAGCUAGACAUCAAUGCAGAUCAUUUCAAAUUCUACACAGACAGCAGGAUCGUUCUGGGUUAUGUGUACAAUCGCACAAAGAGAUUUUUAACCUAUGUAAGCAACAGAGUUCAAAGAAUUCUAAGCUUCUCCAAAUCAUCUCAAUGGAACUACAUCCCUACGGACCAGAACCCAGCAGACCAUGGCACUAAAUCUACUAUCGACAGUGCACUGUAUGACUCAUGGCUCAGUGGACCAAUAGAAUGGCUACGCCUAGAAGAUACUGUAGAUGGUCCUGCCCCAACAUAUGAUUUGGUAGAUCCAACUAUGGAUAAGGAAAUCAAACAGGACACUGUGGUUUGCAAGGUGGAUGUGUCUACCCCCUUAUCCUGGACUUCACGAUUUGAGAGGUUUUCUUCAUGGAAGAAUCUUGUUAGAGCCAUCAUGUGCCUGAAACGGAUUGUCCAUGCAGUGGCACACCACAGGAAGGAUAUUAAAGCUACAGAAGAUAGCAGUGCAUUUAGGAAGGCAGAGGAGCUUAUAAUACAUCACGUCCAGUUAGAAGUCUACGAGAAGGAAAUUACUGCACUUAAGAAUGAAAGGCCCCUUCCUAGAAACAGUCCCAUUUUGAGACUUAACCCAUCAUUAGAGAAAGAAGGCAUGGUGCGGGUUGGAGGCCGAUUACAACAUGGUGACUUUGAUUUGGGGGAAAGGAGUCCCAUACUUGUGCCAGGGAGUCAUCAUAUUGCUAAGCUAUUAGCUCUACAUUUCCAUGAGUUAACGCACCAUCAAGGGCGCCAUAUAACAGAGGGAGCAAUCCGCAAUGCAGGUCUAUGGAUAACUGGUGCCAAACGUAUUGUGACUUCACUGAUUUACAAGUGUGUGAUUUGUUGCAGAGGGCGUGGGAAACUUCUUACUCAGAAGAUGGCGGACCUACCUGCGAUAAGGUUGAAACCCUCACCCCCAUUCACUUACGUUGGAGUGGACUGUUUCGGGCCAUGGAGUGUGACAACUAGGCGUACUCGUGGUGGGAGUGCUGACUCUAAGAGAUGGGCAGCUUUAUUUACCUGUAUGUGCUGUAGGGCUGUGCACAUUGAAGUAUUAGAACAGAUGAAUACACCUUCCUUUGUGAAUGCUCUACGUCGAUUCUAUGCCAUAAGAGGAGAUGUCAAGGAGUUUUACUCAGAUAGAGGCACAAAUUUUGUUGGCAGUGUGCGUGAAUUAGGUAUUAACUCGGUGAAUGUUGAGGACGCACCCAUACAUAACCUACUCACAGAUAAAGGAACAGUUUGGAGGUUUAAUCCCCCUCAUUCCUCACAUAUGGGAGGAACUUGGGAGCGUCUCAUAGGGGUCACGCGCCGUAUCCUUGAUGCCAUCUUACAAGAGAAUCGUCACGUCAAACUAACCCACGAAGUACUCACCACGUUUCUUGCAGAGGUCUCGGCAAUUGUCAACAACAGACCAAUCGUUCCUAUUGCAACUGAUACGGAGUCGCCUCAGGUACUUACACCCAGUGUUCUACUUACCCAAAAAAUGGGGAAUGUCUCUGAAAGUCAUAUGAACUUUGAUGUUCGCGACAUGUACACCUCUCAGUGGAAGAUAGUCCAAAUUCUUGCCAACAGAUUUUGGGACAGAUGGCGCAAGGAGUACCUCCAGUCGCUACAAGAACGCAGAAAGUGGGCCGAUACCAAACCAAAUGUUCAAGAAGGAGAUAUUGUCCUUAUGAAGGAGGCGGAACAGCAUCGGAACUUCUGGCCUCUCUGUCGUGUUACUCGUGUGUUCCCUAGCGAGGAUCAUCUCGUGAGAAAGGUCGAACUUAUGACAUUCAAAGAUGGAGCAAAGAGAACAUAUGUGCGACCAAUUACCCAGAUUGUAUCCUCAGUUAAGGAUAAUAUAUACAUUUGUUUUGCUUGGCGUGGUGAUGCAAUAAGGACACUUAUGGUUGACAAUAAUUUGGAUUAUGAAGAAAUUGAUGUUUGGACAUUUGACAGCUGGGUGAAGGAAUGGAAACCAAAAAUGGCAUUUGGUCAGUGUCCUUUUUUGAAAGAUGGAGAGGUAGAAAUUGUACAGUCCAAUGCAAUUCUCAGAUAUCUGGGUAGAAAACUGGAUUUGUAUGGUUCUAACAACAAGGAAGCAACAAGAGCGGAUAUGAUCAAUGAUGGAGUGGAAGAUCUUAGAAUAGAAUACACAAGGAUGAUUUAUCAAAACUAUGAGAACGGAAAGGGUCCAUUUAUUGAGGGACUUCCAGGAAAACUGCAAUGUUUUGAGAACUUGAUGAAAAGUGGAGAUUAUGUACUUGGAAGCAAGAUCUGCUUUACGGACUAUAAUCUGUUUGAUCUCCUGGAAUGCCUGGUCACUCUGUCUCCUGCCUGUCUUGAUAAAUUUCCAACAAUUAAGGCCUACCAUAAUUGUAUGAUGAACAGGCCAGGUAUUCAGAGAAGGGCAACUGAACACUUCAAGGGACUUAAGAUUAACUAUAACGGGAAAGAAUGAGGAAACCUGAAAUGAAAGUUGUUUAUGUAACAUUAAUGUCUGUAUUUAAUACUACUAUC